AUGUCGGACCUCAUUGUCGACAUCUCCACCGCCAAGCCGUCGCGCAGCGCGCUUACCAAAGCCUGGAAAGACGGCCUCCAGAUCGCCGUCCAGACGCAGACCACGACCACCGCCGUCCAGAUCGUCGAUGAGCUCGCCGGUUCUGAGCCAGCCAUGCGCACGACGCGGACACCCGCACGACCCGACCUCCAGUCUCGACUGGAGAAGAUGCGUCGCGAACGCAAGGAGCGCAAGGAGGCUCAGCAGGCGGCGGCGAGCGGAGACAUCCGUAUCGACAUGGCGCGGGGCAGGAGAGGCUCUGAUGCGUCGUUCGACGACGAGAAGAUCGAGAUGGACGACGUCGAGACGUGGGAACCGGACAUCGCCUCCCUCCCUCGAGACUCGCACGCCGGCGGCGGCGUCCGCUUCGUUCUCUCCGACGACGUCGACCAGAAGCGCUGA